AUGUCUGAACAUGAGAAGCCUGUCUUCUUCUUCGACAUAGACAACUGUUACUUUGAAAAUCAUCUUUCACUUUCUCAACAAGACGCAUACAACCUGCAUCAGAAGUACUAUCGCGAAUAUGGUCUCGCCAUCGAAGGCUUAGUUCGCCAUCACAAAGUGGAUGCGCUGGAGUAUAAUUCAAAAGUAGACGACGCAUUGCCUCUGGAUGAUGUCAUCAAACCUAAUCCAGAGCUUCGGAGUCUCCUAGAAGACAUCGACACCAGCAAAAUCCGGCUAUGGCUCUUCACCAAUGCGUACAAGACGCACGGACAGCGAGUGGUCAAGCUGCUGAAGAUUGACGAUCUAUUCGAGGGUAUGACAUUCUGUGAUUAUGGCUCGGACAAGUUUGCUUGCAAGCCCCAUGCUGCCAUGUACGACAAGGCAAUGGAAAUGGCAGGUGUCAAGUCUAACCAGAACUGCUACUUUGUCGACGAUUCAGAUAUCAACACGAAGGCUGCAGCAGCUCGUGGUUGGCACACAGCACACCUUGUUGAGCAUGGAGAUUCCGAACCCAAAAACUCUAGCGGGAUCCCUCAGAUACGAAGUCUCCUACAGCUGCGUGAAGUAUUUCCGCAGUUCUUCAAGAGCAAGGCUGCAUCAUGAAACCCCAUCAACGAUUUACGACCUGCGUAGCGGAUAGAACGCGUACAAGAAUAGAAUGAAAUGAAAUGAGAUACCGAUCCUCGCACAACAGAUAUGCAUUCUAGACAAAUUCGAGUAAUAAGUGUGUACUGACAAACUAGAAAAACGGUCGCAGAAGAAAUGCAUAAUAAUCAGGCAUAUUUUCUGAUUCAGCCCUGUUGUGAUACGAGCUGCCCCAGCCCUAUAUCGCUUGGCGAUCCU